AUGGACCCCCUCAUGCAAAAGACCUUCACAACCUCGCGCUCCCUCACAUACUCCUACUAUAUCUCACCCCCGCCACCGUCGCCGCCGUCGCAAAACGCAUCCGCCCCACCGCCCCUCCUCCUCCUCCACGGCUUCCCCGACGGCCCUCUCCUCUGGCGGCCCCUCCUCCCCUACCUCCUCUCCCUGCCUCACCGCCUCAUCAUCCCCUCCCUCCUCGGCUACCACCCUACCUCUACCCCCAGCGACCCCACCGCGUACAACUCCAAGUCCAUGUCUGACGACCUCGCCGAGCUUCUCACGGCCGAAGACGCCCGCACUGUCAUCGCCAUCGGCCACGACUGGGGCUCCUUCCUAGCCAACCGCCUCUACCUCUGGCACCCGGAGCGCGUCGCGGGCCUGGCCCUGCUGAACUUAGCGUACAUGCCGCCCAACCAGACGACGCCCUUCGAUCUGGACCAAACGAACGCGCUCAUGGAACAGCUGUUCGGGAACCCGAUCUUGGCGUACUGGGAGUUGCUGACGCGGGCGACGGGGGACGUGCCGGCGCUGCUGGAGGGGAAUGCGGCACGGCUCUGGGAGCUGCUGCAUGCGGCGCGGCCACAGCCGGAGUGGAUGCGGAAGCUCCUGUGUGAGCGGGGGGCGACGGAGGCGUUUUUGACGGCCGGCACUGUCGACGGGGAGGCAGUGGCGGGGGACAUCAAGCUGAGGGACUAUGCUGGGCAUGGCGGUGUGUAUUGGGAGGACUUCGUUAGGAGGCUGACGGAUAGGGAGGCGGGAGGCAUUGCGCCGGCGCUCUGUUGGUAUCGGGCCAUGUCGGAGAAUGCGACGUUCGAGGUAGAAAGGACGCUGGAAAAGGAGGCGUUGGUGCUGAAGGUGCCGACGCUGUUCGUGGCGUGUCCUGGUGACGCGGUGUGUCGGGCGGAGUUGAUAGAGGCGCCGAAACAGGAGGGCUUGCUGCCGGAUCUGACUGUGGUGGAGGUCGGCGGGUGUGGGCAUUGGGGGAUUAUCUAUGAGAAGGCGGAGGAGACGGCAGGAGUUAUUGGAGGGUUUUUGAAGGAGAGGUUUGGAUCGAAGUAG